AUGGGCAGUUCUGGGCGGUUCUGGGCGGUUAUGGGCGGCGGGUACAGGGUGGGGCGGCGGGCCCGGGGUGGGGCUGCUGGCGCGUUUCAAGUAGCUGCUGGCACUGCUGGGGCGUUCCUAGCAGUUGCUGGCGCUGCCGGGGCGUUCCUAGUAGUUGUUGGCGCUGCUAGCACGGUUCUAGCGGCUGCUGGCGCUGCUAGCACGGUUUUAGCGGCUGCUGGCGCUGCUAGCACGGUUCUAGCGGCUGCUGGCGCUGCUGGGGUGUUUCUAGCGGCUGUUUUCAGGUGGGGCGGCGGGCACAGGGUGCGGGGAGGCGACGGGAUGGGGACGGGAGGAGGUGGGGACGCGAACCCGAAGGCGGCAGGGACGCGACGCGGAGGGCGACGGGGACGCGAUGCGGAGGGGACGGGGGGCGACGGGGGCGCGACUCGGAGGGGGACGGGAGGUGACGGGGACACAACGGGGACGGGACGAGAGGUGACGGGAAUGCGACGGGAAGGGGACGGGAGGCGACAGGGGCGCGACGGGGAGGGAACGGGGGGUGAUGGGGGCGCGACGCGGAGGGCGACGGGGGAUGCGACGGGGAGGGGACGGGGGGCGACGGGGGCGCGACUCAGAGGGGGGCACGGGAGGCGACGGGAAGGGGGGCGGGGUUAUGACCGCGAUCUGACGGGCCCGCGGGGGCCGUUCUAG